AGAUAAGGGAAUCCCCUUCUGUUUCCAAAACGCCAUGGAAACACUGAGAGACAUCAGGCAGGCCUACCAGGAUGCAGGGAGGGGAAGCAGAGGAGGUUUGUCUCUGCCGAGCCUGGGAGACAGCAGCAGACGCUGGAGCCAUCUGGAUCCUGCUCCCUCACCUGGUUUGCUGAGUACCAGGACCUCCUGCCUGCCGGUUCCCCCUCAAAACAGGCAGAGGACAAGAAGUGUGGUUGCUGCAUCUCCAUCCUCCCCCGCCCUGCUGUCUGUGGCUGAGCCGAGCCAGCUCAGCCAAUCAGCCCCCAGCAUCAUGGAACCCCUACUGUUGAUGCAGGCCAGAGCACACAUUCAGACCCGACUGGUCUUCCAAGACACUGUAAAUGAACAAAAGGGACCCUUGCUGGCUCUGCAUCCCAGAACGCCCAAACUGUUGGCACCGCUAGACAGCCGGCCCAGGGACGGUGCCGCUCUGCCAGCGCUAAAGCACCGUGUUCCCCUGAAGCCCAUCAGCAGAAGCCCCCUUUGCUCCAGGGCCUGGCUGAGGAGAGAAAGGCUGUCCUGGGGCAGCCCACGCACUGGCCUUCUGACCACUAAGGGGGGUAGUGAAGAGAGCGGGUCCAGCAGCCAGAGUUCCUUCGAUCUGGAGGAUGAGGAUGAGGAAGAUGAGAGGGAUGUGUGUGGGAGAGCUUCAGGGGAAAGACAUAUGAAGUUAAUUCAAAAGAGACUGGCGUGGCGUUCGAACGACGCAAGCCCCACUGAGGCUGAUUUGGUUGGGGAGAAACGGCAGCAUUUUAAAGUUUUGUCAAAGAUCAGUCACAUUCCACCCAUCCAUAGGUCGGCACAUGGCCUGGAUGAAGAGCCCAUCGAUCUUACAAACUCUCACUCUGAAGGCCAAGCAACCAACAACUCCUUUAUUAAAUAUCAAUAUGCACAACAAGGAGACACUGUGAACGAUGAAUUAUCUAUCACAUCAAAGUCUAAGGAGGAAAGGAACCAUGUGGGCUGCACCCCAGAGCCUGACACUGAGAUUAGCCAUGGGAUAAUAGCCCAUAUGAAUAAUGACCAAGGUGAUGCUAGUGCAUACUCUGAAGGGACUUACAGAAACGACCUGCAGCAUAUAAAACAGACAAGAAUAACAAUUAGGGAUUCCUGUUGUGAAGAAACCCAGGUAUAUGAUCCAAUCCCUUGUAGGGAGGAUGUAAAGAUACCUACUGGCACUACCGAGGAGACAAUUCAAUUAUAUACUCCGGCUGGAAACCUUCCACGGUCAGACAUGGAUCCCAAGGGAGAUGAGAGGAUGUUGAAGGCCUUAAAACUUGUCCUGAACAAGGACAGAAGAACCAGCAUAAACUGUGAACUAAGAGCCGACAUUCAAACGACCCAGCAGUCCUUCAACGUGCUUGCACACAAAGACCGAAGCAUCCUCAAUCGGAACAAGUCCAAAAGCAAUCUGAAGCAUUCCACACAAGUUAAGGACAAAACGAGGAACGGCCCCGAGCUAAUGAUUAGUGGAGAGACUUCCACAAAAGUAAAGUCAAAGCUCAAAUCUUUUAACGGUGCUCAUUCUCACACUGGCACCCCCUCACCACGAAAGAAGCUUAGUGAUCAGGGCAAAAGAGCAAAUUCUGACAAGAUGAACAGAGCUCAACAGCAUGCACCAACGAGAGAGCUGAAGAGCAUCCGGCAGUUAAAGAGACCCGGUCUAGCGGGGACACCGAAGUCGAAAUCUACCAUGGACUUUAUCACCUACAAAGACAUGUUUCAGCAGAUACAGAGCGGGGAUGAUGGACCGGCCAUUUACGAGAUGUUUGCCGGUCCUAUCUAUGAUAACCUGCGAGUUUCCAGCUCCUGCGAGAAAGUGAAGGGCAGACAAGUGCAGUCUGCUCCGCCAAGGAAGCCACAACAGUGCCAUAAAGCCCAAAACAGACCAUUGAAACAAGCGCAGAGGAUAAGUCCGGGGGAGAGUGUCGUGGUUUCCACUAAAAGCAAACCAAAAUUUGCGUCCUCAAGGAUAAAACCUCACAUUGCAGCUGUUCCAAGGAAAGGCACACACAAAUUAAAGGAGGAUAGACACACAAAGGCUGAGUUAGUUCCUUCCAAGGAUGUUGGAAUUUGUCAAAGCAGUGCUCAAGAAACUAUGUUAUCUACCAUAAAGGAGACUCUUUCUAGAUAUGGGUCUGAAACAAUCAAAUCAAAUGACAAAACAUUGACUAUGCCAGCAGCUUCAUCUAAUGCCGACGAUCAUAGAUCACACAUAAAUAUGCAAGAAAUAAGAGACCCAAACCGACCGGUUCCUGAGCUUGUGUCAGCUCAAAGCACCCAACAGCCGAAGAUCAACACCUGGACGUCUUCCAGCACCAGCCUCACCAUCAUGUCACCAGUUUACCAGAAUUUCCUGGAUGUGGCGGGGGACGGGCCGCUUACAGAUGACCUGCUACAAUGUCUGGCUGAGGAGUUGAUCUCAUUAGAUGAUAGGGAUGUAUCCAUAAGCCCUGAAAACCUGGAGUCCAACAGAGAAGAUGAUUAUGUAUCAGAAAGAAAGACAUUUCCUGAGGAUAAUUCAACAGACGGUGGUGGUCUUCUUGGCUCUGGGUUGGUUGUAGAUGACGCCAUCACAUGGACAAAUGGCGAAGUACUCGGCAGGGGAGCAUAUGGGACAGUGUACUGCGGCCUGACUAGCCAGGGCCAGCUGAUCGCUGUGAAACAGGUUAGCCUUGAUUCCUCUGACCCCGACACUGCGAAGGAGUACGGACAUCUGCAGGGGGAAGUGGAGCUGCUAAAAACCCUCAGACACGCCAACAUUGUGGGCUUUAUGGGUACCUCACUGUAUCAGCAUGUGGUUUCCAUCUUCAUGGAAUACAUCCCAGGAGGAUCCAUCGCCAGCAUCCUUCACAGGUUUGGUCCCCUGCCAGAGCGUGUCCUGGCUCUAUACACCCAUCAGAUCCUUGAAGGGGUGGCCUACCUUCACCUGAACAGGGUGAUUCAUCGAGACUUGAAGGGAAACAACGUCAUGCUGAUGCCCACUGGCGUCAUCAAGCUUAUAGACUUUGGCUGCGCGCGCCGUCUCAGCUGCCUAAACCACACCGCCAGCAACAGCGGAGAUCUGCUCAAGUCCGUCCACGGCACACCUUACUGGAUGGCACCGGAGGUUAUCAAUGAGACAGGAUAUGGCAGGAAGUCAGACAUAUGGAGUGUGGGUUGCACAGUGUUUGAGAUGGCCACAGGGAAACCACCGCUGGCACACAUGGACAAGAUGGCUGCCUUGUUUUACGUCGGGGCUCAACGAGGGUUGAUGCCCGCCUUGCUAAAUGGGUUUUCGGAUCAUGCCAAGGAUUUUGUGAAAAUCAGCUUGACAAGUGACCAGAGACUUCGGCCAUCUGCAGACCAGCUGCUGAAGCAUUCAUUCAUCUCCCAGCGUGAGACUGGAGCGCACUCAAAGAACUGCUGUGCUCACCCAGAGGGACUGUGUGGUUAACAAGUUACACUUAACACACAAUGUUUUCAGGUUCCAUUCAAUUUAGACUUCAUUUUUUUUUAAAUUCAGAUUGAUGACUCAGAAAAUAAAAGUAUGCUUUGAGGGCCUACCACCUAUCCCCAGAGAUGCACUAGUAGUAUGGUUGAGAGCACAAAGUAUAUAAAAAAAGAAGUCAUAAUUGCAUUCUUAAACUGACAUUUAAGAAACUAUAUGAGAAGCACUUUUAUACAUUUAACUUUUAUAGAACCUAUAAAAUGUGAACUGACUUAACAGAAUUUGAAUAUUUUCUAUAGAAAUCUUAUAAAUGUGCCAAUCUUCUAAGUACCGUACUUAUAACUAGGUCUCUCUGCUUUGUGAUAUAUGUAGAUUGAUAAAAAUGCGUCUAAUCCAUAUUGCAGCAUGUUGAAAAUGUUAACUACUUCCCAUUAGCUUUCCACUGAUGAGUUAUUGAGGAAUCAUUGGGUAAAGUUGUGACUAAGACAUGAAAGUGAUAAGAACUUGGUAUUACUAUAAGGAAUAGUACAUGUAUGUCUCAUAUUCAAGUCAACAAGUUUCUUUCCUCCUAAACUCUAGAAACAUGUAUAAUGCAUAAUAAAACAGCAACAACCAAGGUUCAUACUGUGUCAGCGUAGUGGUGACUUUGGAGUUUAUUUGUAAUAUUAAAAUGAAAAAAAAAAAAUAGGUUAGGCUUAUUUGUCCACAUCUGCUUUUGCUCCUUGUGCCCAACCGUUGAUCCGUAAUGGGUCCAAACGGCCUCAGGCUCAAGUAUUUUGAAUAACCCGGUGAAGAACAGAGGAGGCGGUCAGGUCUAAAUCU